GCGCGAUGUGGCGGCGGCGGUAUGUCAGCGCCCGGCAGCUGGACGGCUUCCGCCACUACAAGGUGGCUCGGGACCGGGACAUCCAGAAAUCCACAAACCCAAAUGAUACAGGCUACACCCAGAGGAACACAGCUGCGUGAGGUCAGCGCCGCUGAGCUGUACAAUGCUGUGGAUACAAAUCCUUUAUCUGUGUAUGUUAUGCAGCCCAUCUGGAACAAAAUUAUUAAGAUUGUGCCUUUGUGGAUUGCUCCCAACCUGCUAACAUUCUCUGGAUUUGUCAUGAUUUUAGUUAAUUAUUUUCUAAUAUCUUUUUAUGACUGGGACUACACUGCCUCAGGUACCAGUCCUGGACUUGUUCCGACCUGGGUGUGGCUGUUCAGUGCUUUUACCACCUUUUGUGCUUAUGCUUUAGACUCCAUAGAUGGGAAACAUGCUCGAAGGACUCAGUCCAGUAGUCCUCUGGGAGAACUAUUUGACCACGGGCUGGAUAGCUGGGCUACCUCCAUUUUUGUGCUCUCUUUUUUUUCUGUCUGUUCCUGUGACAAUGGGAAGACUGGAGUUUCUGUAUAUACAAUGUAUAUGUAUUUAAGCAUUGUCUUGUUUAACUUUAUGUGUUCACACUGGGAGAAAUAUAACACGGGAGUUCUUUUUCUUCCUUGGGGAUACGAUCUAAGCCAAGUGGUCUUAAUAACAGCAUAUCUGCUUACUGGUCUUGUUGGUGUGGAAGUUUGGCAGAAGCCUUUCCUGUUUGGUUAUUACAUUACAGAUGUAUUAGUAAUCUUGCUUAUAGGCUUCAGUUUACUUCUUUCAUUUCCACAAACACUAUACAACAUUCACAGAGCACAUCUAAAGAAAACACUGAAGAAUGGUUCUUUGUAUGAAGGACUCCUACCUCUUGUGUCACCUCUGUUGCUAUUCGUUCUUCUUACAGUCUGGGUGGUUUUAUCUCCAGGCAACAUAUUAGCAAAGCAACCAAGAUUGUUUUUAUGGAUGGUUGGGGUUACUUUCUCAAAUGUUAUUUGCAAAGUCAUCGUCUGCCAGAUGAGCAGCACCCGGCCCGAGCUGCUCCACUGGUUCCUGUUCCCCUUGGCGCUGGUGGUCUACGCAGCCAUCUCGGGGCUGCUGGGCUGGGCAGAAGAAGCGGUGCUGGCCGCGUUCACCGCGCUGGUCACGGCGGCUCAUGUGCACUACGGCAUCUGCGUGGGGAGGCAGCUGAGCGAACACUUCAACAUUUACAUCUUUUCCCUGAAGAAACGCGUCCAAGAAUGAACACCUGCACUACGGUCAGACUGUAACACUUGACAUGGAGAUUUCCAGCUCUUUUGAUGUGAUAAAUAGUGGAAUUAAUCUGAUUAAAAUAACCAAAGAAUAGAAUAGUCCAGAUACUCGAACAACUGCGACAACGAGCUAUGCAGCAAGAUGCUUCAUCUCAGAGGAAAAUUCCUGUCCAGCAGAGACGUGUUUACCAAGUUAUGCUGCUGCUAAUAUUUGUUCUCUUCCCUAAUGCCGUGUCACCUUCUCUGAAGCUUUUGUCUUCCUCCUCCUUGCCACUGUGCCCGAAGCCCUCGAUAAAGCCAUGCUGGGUUACGUGGGAUCCUUGGUGUUUUAUAACCAGAACUGGUUUUGCCCAGGCUCUUCACCAGUGAGACCCCAGCAACGCAAACCCACCCACUACGUCCUUCCCACUCAGACAUCUGUGCCUGCUGCAGUUUCCAUAUUUGUUUUCUCACAACUCAGUUCAUCCAUGCAGUCUCCUGAAGGGCUUACGCACAUUCGGUCUUUUCUUCACCUCAAACGAAUGUGUGAAGAGACUGAGAUCAGAAAGCUAUGGGCACACUGAAUUAUUUUUGAAAUGCAGGAUCCCUCGCCCCCCAGCAUUAAGAUGAAACUCAGCUGACCUGUAUCUGUCCAAAAUGCAGGCUCCAUACCGGAGGCGCUUGCUUUUAUACUUAUUUUCUAUGCAGUAACAAGCACAUUGUUGAUAUUUAAGUAGCAACAAGCAAUAUGCCCUACAAAGGUAACCAGCUGAGAAUAAAUUUUGCCAACAAAUGCUUGAAUAUGCUCAUAUUUCACUGCAAAGCACACAGCUUUAUAAACCAUGAAACGAGCAGUGAAAAAGGAGCCAGCCACGCACGUUCUAAAUAUUUUCGAACCUCGUCUAUCAGUGCAAAAUGCUAAGCAAACAAUUAUUUGCCUGUGUUCCUGAAACAAAUUCUUGUGGUUUCAGAUAAUGACAAAAACAAAACAAAAACCAACCAAAUCAGACAAGAGCUUUUUUUUUUUGACAUUACAGAUUUGCAUGCAGAUGUAAACUGUUCUCUCCAUCUAUAACACAUGUGGGCUUUCUGUGUGCCUUGGAGAAAGAGCUAGGAAUUUGAGUUUUAUCUCUUUUCAUAUGCUGCCCUAGCCAAAGGGACUUUGUGGCCUUGAAGCACUAAUGAAACAAUCUGUCCACUUUCCCCAAGGUAAGCAUUAUAUUAUAUUUCUUGCACAGAGGGGUGAGACUGACUGACUAGCAUGUUUAUUAAAUUGUUAAGUAUCUCACUCGCCAGAAGCAGGGCAGAAACACAGGUGCUGAGCCACUAAACUUUGGGUUUACCUUUUCCAGUUCUUAGACCUUUUUUUUCCUGGCUUUAUCACUGGCCUGAUCACUUUUCCCCCAGUUAACAUGCUCGUACAUCAGUAAGAGUAUUACAAUUUUCGGACGACCACCACCUAGUCGUACCUUCCACCUGCACGUUAUGCGAACAACCUCAGUUUAAGGUUGCCUGUCACAGUAGUUGGCCCACCACGAUGUUGGUAGGGCAGACUUCCCCCGGCAGCAACUACGAGUCUGAGGCAGGCAUGCACCGAGAAAUCCCACUGUUUGAUGAAGUUAAGUAUUAAUUCAGAUAAAAGAUACACUGAUAUAAAAGCCUGACCUGCUUCAAUAUUUUUAACCUGUCCAUCAAAAGUAUCCGGAGGAAGCCCUGACAAGAAUAAGAAUACCAUAAACAAAAAUACCUCUGGAUUGCAAGUGGUUGUACUGGAGGAACUCUGUGGACAGGCUUUCCUUUUCCCUCUAUUUUGCACUUAUUUAUAAAAGCAGUUGGAAAUAAGGGGCACAGAAGCUGCACAAUUUGGUACACUGUAAUGGAGUAUUUUGAAAUAUUGCAUUAAAUGAAAUUAUGAAACUUGAACUGCCACAAGCUGCCUGCACUUGUACCUUUCUAAACAGAAAUAUAGCAUCACUUUAAAAGGAAAUCAAGCUCCAGACAGCUUUUUUGUAUUCCACAUGGAGACACGGCAAAUAUUUUCUUUUUCUUUUGAAAGUAACUUGUCACUACAAUCUCUACAAAGACAAAUAUAAACAGAGAUCAUGUAAUGCACGGUGUACAUACUGAGUUGUUAGCCAUCUCAGAUGGUAACUGGUUCAAUGAAAGGGAAUAAAAACACUUUGUUCAUACGGCAGUGUGGUCAGAUUUAUUUUGCAAAGUCAGAUAAUGGUAUGAAGAUGACCAGAGCUUGGUUUAAGAACAAUUUGUUAUGGCCAAAAAGUUAAGUCAGAAAGUUUUCUUUUGAACUAUUUGAACUGGAAAAUGUAUUACUUCCAUUUUACGCUCUUGAGCAUUCACACAAGCCCAAAGACAUGCCUCCCCCACAUCUUACGAAAAGCAAUACAACUAGCUCUGCUCACGCAGGUUUGGGUGCCCGGGUUGGAAAUUGGCUCCUCUGGUCCCUGCUUCACCUACCCCCAUAUCAGAAAUGUUCCCAAAGCGGGGCCGGACCCCUGCCCUGGGGUACCCGGAGGUAGUGGCAGGAUGGGAGGAGCUGGUCUGACCUCGGGGUGGUGGCACACAGCCAGGUGGCUUCAACCUGUGGCAGAAAGGCCUAAAACAGGUGACUUUUAGGUACUGCAAGGAAGAUUCAUCCCUGAAUCCUUAGCCCUUACAAAAGGUCACUGGGUGCUUCAGUGCCUUUGCUGUUGUGCCCUUUCCACCUCCCAGCUCCCUUAAGUUUUGCUUUUGAUGUACCAAAACUAAGUGACGCUACAGGAGAUUUAGUACCCUGAAAUUGGAAAGCAUUCGCCAUAAAAAAGAAUGUUCUGUUUACAUGUACAUAUAUAUAUAUACACACAUAUAUACAUGCAUACAUGCACCUUUUUUAUUUGUUUGGUUUUGGUAGAAAGUGAUACAGUUGCUGGGCUCUUGGGGAAAUAAAUAGACACUACCUGCAGACACAGGAUAAGUGAACUUAUUUUUUUUUAAAGCAGCUGUCUUUUUCUUCCUGCUCCCAUAUGCACUCGGUAACGAAGCAAGUAAAUAUAUGUAUUUUAAACAGAAAAGUAUUAUUUUAGGAUGUUCUGAAGUCUCUAGAGCUAGACAGAUUUUAACAUAUAUUUUUUUAUUAAAUAUGUAAAAAGAUAAACGCAAGUCAAGUUAUUCACAUAUUCAGACAAAAAUCUACUCUACCAUGCGACAAUUUGUGGAUAAUGUAAAAUGACUGAUACAUCUGGAUAAGACUUUUUGUAUCUAUUAUGUCAUUACUUAUCUAUUUAUAAUUAACAAUACAUAUGUUUACAUUCCUUUCAGUUUACAUUUAAUAUAUAACCAAAGCUUUAUGGUGUGCUAUUUAGUAAAGGUAAUUACAAAUGCAUAUUAAAACCAUAACGGAAUAACGGGUUACUCGCAGGGGGGUGGGAGGAGAAGGACAACUCUUUCCCCUUUCAGAGCAUCGCUCUCCCCUCAGCACAGCCACAUUUCUAGUGCCCAAGAGGUAAUUUACUGCCCCGGCUUCCUGCAUCAGUCACUUCCUCCUUGACACAAGCAGCAAGAGCACUACACUCCUCAAGACCAAAACCAGGAUGUAGAGAACUUAAGGAAAUGAAGUUCAGCUGUUGUUGUUGUCGUUCUUUAAAUGUGCUUCAAAGAGAAAAGUUCAGAGGCACCACAGCCUGACUGUGAACCCCUGGGAGCUCAACAACCCAACUGUCUGCACCUUCAGAGAGGCAUUUUCUCUUGAAGUGCUCUCCCUGCACCUGCUCGAAUAUUAGCAGGAGGACAAACUGCAGUAAUCAGACUGCUGCUGCUGAUUAGGUUUAUAGCCUGAUCCCAAACUCCUUGCCCCAUCAGAAAUCCCCUACAGGUUAAAGGACGUUCCGGAGACUGGAAAAAAAAAUUAGUAACUGCUCUUCAGUUCAACAGCAUUAUGAAGAACUACCGUUUAUUACAAUGACAAUUGUAAUAAGUACAUAGGUUCUAAUAAACACAAAUACAAUGAAAAUGACAAUUUCCCCAUCUGUGGUGAUUCUUGGAAAUACUUAGUUUGGAAAAUACACAUUUUUAUAAACCAGAUCUUAUUUGUAACCAAUCGAAAAUCAGAAAGGAAAGUGCUGGCCUGCAGGAUGCAGUACUUUUGCUAUUACCAGGUAGGCUGUGAGGUCAAUGCUGGAGGCAGGGCCAGAAGAUCUUCAACCCAGAGGGUCUAGAAACUCUAUGGGCACGGGGAGCAAUCAAGGAAAUAGAAAUACCUGUUCUAAUGUUUAACAGUAUUUUAUAGAUUGCCUGCGGUGCGACACAACAGCAGCGUUCUCACAGUUAACUAAGAGCCACUUAGCUGCAAAAGAUUUCUCAGGAACAGAAAACCGCAUGUGCGCGCGCGUGUUGGUGGGCUGAUUAAUUAAAAACCUCUCUAUGGAAGCAUCAGCUGGGAGCUCAUGCUUUAGGAGUGCAUGAAGACCUAAGAAGGUUUAGCUGUUCAACGGGUUUUUGAGUUUUUCAGUGACUGCAGACUGGGUUGGGACUUCCAUGUACCUGCUUAAUCAGAGGAACAAUCCAGAAUUAAGAAAAGUCAAGUGAGAGACCAAGAAUACCAAGCAUAAAAUAUUCAGAGAGACUAGAAUGCACAGUUUCACGAUAAAAACAAGGAAUGCUUUAUACACUUCCAAGAUACCUGUUUAUAAAAUACCAUCAUUUAGAACAGGGCGGUAGGGACCGUUCUGGAAAGGAGCUCUCACUGCAGGCGCCUCCCGGGCAGAGGUGCUGCUGCACCUCGCCAGCCUCGCUGCAGGAAGGUCAGCCAAGCGCAGAGCUGGCUCGCUCCCCCUCGGUCAGCGGGUCUGAUGCACGCACCGUCUCCAGGAGGACGUCUCGCUGCCUCUCCACGCUUCAGAAGCGGCCUCAACACCCGCGAGGUGUCCACCACCCACUUACAGGGAGUUCGGGGCUUUUCAGGGCUAGUUCUGUGGCUGGGUUUCCCCCAUACCUUGCACUAGUGAGGAAGCUUUCCAUCUUCCAGACUUGCAUGGUCAGGGCAGCAGAGGGGGGAGGUUAGCAAAAAGAAAUGUCUGGCCUACUUUGUCCUCUUCUGAGGGGUGGGAAGCCAAGCACGACGGCAGAGAUCGUGUCCUGCAGCUACGCCUGUGUCAAGGAGAUUCCUCUCCUGCAUCAGCGCUGAGCCCUCUGCAGGCAGAGCUGAAGCUGGAGGCUGGGACAGGAUUCCUCAGGAAGGAAGAAAAGCUGGGAAAUGUCUAUUGACUAGUCAGGGAACUGGGAGGGUUUUCAACAAAACUUAAGCGGAUGUCUGUCCUCCAGAAAUAAGUCAAAAAACAUACCAUGCAGCUUUCUAACAAGCUUUCUAACACAAGGUUUUAAAUCUCUCCUAGUGAAACAGAUGCUAUGCCCUCCACUUCGUGAAGGCGGGAAAGGAAUAAACGUGAGCAACACGAGCAUUUUCCUCCACAACACACCUCAUCGUUAUGGCUUGAGCACGACUUCCACUGUAUCCCUUUAUUCCAAUUGACCGAAUUUAUGCCCCAAGGCAGAUGUACUAGAAAACGCCAAAGCACCACAAAGUGAGAGACACAGCUAGUGGUACGGUACUUCUUGCCACACAAAAUGCCAAUAUAAAUAUGUUAGAACAAGUUACAAGUGUAUCAUACUUAAGACAAAAAGAAAAAAAAUAAA